AUGUGGGCGCCCCGGCCCCUCUGCCUGCUGGCCGCUCUCCUGGCCACCGGGGCAAACUCCUUCUCCUACACGGCUAAGUCAGGCCUGGAGCCCGAGAGCUGUGAGCCCGGCCCCUUCACGCUGACCUACGCCCGCAAUAGCACUGUGCAGGUGAACAUCGCCUGCGGUGACACCGACGGCUGCAACGCCGGGGCCAUCCCAGUGCCAACCGUGAGCCCCGUCCCCAACGGCCGGCAGUGCCCGUCGUGCUUCGCCGCGGGGGCAGAUCACUGCGAGGACGUGGUGCCCUUGGCCUGCACCGGCGCCGAGGACCAUUGUGUUGAGUUCACUGGGACAAUAACAGCGGGUGAGAUCACCCUGCCAAAGGCUGCGGCUGGAUGCGGCUCCCCUGGCGCCUGCGUCAAGAGAGUGGGGGUGAGGAAAUACACCCAGGGCAUGGUGGACGUGCUGAGCCGGGCCGAGUGCUUCCCAGCUCCCUGGGCCGGCGGGGAGCUGUGA